UGGUUGAAAAACAAACGACAGAGGAGCCGAAGACGUAAAGUAGCCGCUAAUGUUAAGUUAGCAUUUAUUGUUUAUAAACAAAAAAGAAGCAAGGAUUACAAUUUUGGAUCACCUUUGUUUUUGCAGUGCGAUCGUGCAUACAGGCUAAAGAGGGGCGCCACUAUGAGUUCCUUGCCGGAGACUACGCGCUCCCUCAUGGAGAUUUUUAAUGGGAAGCUCCAGGAUUUUACCAAUGAAAUUGACAAUGUCCACAUGGUGUGGCUGGAGGAGAUCCAGCAGGAAGCUUAUCGCAUGUUUUCCAGUGACUUCAGCACCGAGCCAGAACUCAUGCCAAAGACUCCAUCACAGAAAAAAACAAACCGCAGGAAGCGAGUGUCAAUGGAGCUCAAUGAGUCUAGCAGCAAAAGACGUUUUUCCAAGGGAAAACGCAGCAAUCUGCGUCGUUCCUCGGUCCAGAUGACCCUGAACACCAUCUCUGAACUUGUCACGCCAUAUGUGCCGAACGACAGCUCUGAGAGCCUGAUAGAGGAACCUGCUCGCCGUACACGUCGCAAGAAAAACACUGCUCCUGCUGAAACUGAACCUGUCAAGCGCAGCACCCGUAACAAAGGUGGUGCCAAAGCCAAGGCAGUAGAAGAAGAGGCAGAGAACAUUCCAGAUGUGAAAGACGACGAUGAGAUGCAGGAUUCAGGCUCCAAUCGGGAUCAGCUCCUCGUUUCUGAAGCUGUGGUGAAGAUUCCCUCCUCGGAGCGUCUAAGUGCGGAUUCGCUGCUGAGUGGGGCUGUGUCUCCGGGCCGAUCUGCUAAUAAAAUCCCCAUUGCUGAAUCUGGGUUGCAGACGACACCUCAAGGCCCAUCUCGGAAGUCGGUUCGGCGCUCGACGGUGGUGCGCCGUUCUCUGGUGGACCUCAGGCGUAGCAUGACCCAGGAAGCUGUUCGCAGGGCGUCCCGGCGCUCUUUCCUGAAAAAGAAAGCCAGACUGGGAAACUUGACCUGCAGCAGCUCUGUCAGCGAGGACAUUUGUAUGGAUGUUGAAACUGAGGGAAUGGAGAUCACAGAAAAACAGGUUGAUGCACCGCAAAUGGUGACUGAACCAGCUACUGAAACCGAACCUGAACCAGAACCAGAAAUUGUCCAAACUGAGUGUCUUGGAGAUGUUGCUGCAGUUCUUCUGGAUUUAGUCCAAAUUAGAUUCCUCAUGUCAUCCCAUGUGCACUUGGUGUUACCUGAACCUGAGGUAAAGGACAAACUUCCAGAAGAGAUUGCUGAUUCUCCCAGCACCUCCGAGAGCUGUCGCUUCACACGAUCCAUGGCUCGUACUUCAGGAACAGAUGGGUCAAGAUCCAGAGGAGAUAGCCGGACUACACGUUCAGGCUCAAAGCGUCACGCAGCUCAAGAAAUCACCACGCCCAAGAAGAAACCGUCUCCUCCAAAGAAGUGCCUCACGAGUGUUGCUCCACAUAUGCGCUCGUUCGUGCACACGGUGCAGAAGAACCAGAUGCUGAUGAUGACACCCGGGUCUUUGGGCCGCACCAACAUCAUUAAGGCCAUCAAACAAUCUGCCUCCAAAACUGACAGCAAGUUGGGCCCUGGCUCUGUGGAGCGAGAACGGCAGAAGUGGGACGCCUUGAACAAGAAAAUAGAGCAAGAGAAUGAACGAAAGAGAAAGAUUGAGGAGGAGAGACGAAAGAAACAGGAAGAAAUGAAAAGGAAGCGCGACGAGCGUUUGAAACGGGUUGUUGAGGCUCGAGUGAAAGGUGAGAAGGAGAAGGAGCAGGAAAAGAAAAAGAAGAUUGAAGAAAAGAUGGCACAGCUAGAGAAGAAAAAUGACAUGCUGCGUGUUGAGCGGUUGGCUGAGGAGAAAGCCAAGAGGAAGGUGGCCACUAAAAGACAGGAAGAGCUGGAGCUGCGUAAGAAACAGGAAGAGGCAGCCAGACAAAAGAAACUUCAGCAAGUUGAGGAAGAGGAGCGGCGACAUCAGGAAAUGCUGGCCAAACGUAAGGCUGAAGAGGAGCAAGAGAAGGCCCGCAAAUUGGCCGAGGCCACACGUGCUCUGGAGCUGAAAAAGGAACAAGAGCGGGAGAAAGAGAAGGAACGCGAACGAGAACGGGAGAGAGAACGCGAGCGGGAGCGAGAAAGACAGGCUGCGGCUGAGAAAGAAAGGCUAGAGAGAGAGAAAGCUAUCGCUCUUCAGAAGGAACUGGAGAGGGCAGCCAGAGAGAAAGAGAGGAAGGAGAUGGAAGAGAAGAGGAAGAUGGAAGAGCGGAGGAGGGCAGAAGAGGAAAGGGCAGCAGCCUCUGCCCCGGCGCCCCCUACAGUUCCAGCACAGGUCUCUUCCGCAAAACCACAAGCAGCUAAUAUGCUCAACACAACUAUAACUAAGGGUUCGGCUCUAAACACGACUGUAGAUAUUGAGAACUCUGUUCUGAAAACUCCAGUUGGGAAAGGAGCUGCUGCCAAUAAGACCAUAGAUCUUGGAGCUGGACUCAACGUGACCGUGGACAUUGAGCAAUCUCCACAGUCAUACCAGAUCACUCCUAAGGGCCAGAAAGUGACUGUUUUGGUGAAUCCUGAAGAUUACGGCAUGGACCAGAACAGCGACGACUCAACAGAUGAUGAAUCUGCGCCCAGAAAACCCAUCCCAUCUUGGGCUGAAGGUAUGCAGAUGCAGCAGUCUAUUAUGAAGCAAUAUUACAAUCCACUGGACCUUAAUGCAUAUUUUGGGGAACCUGAACCGCCUAAGCUGGAGGCGAUCUUCAAGCGGACCAAAGCUCGCUUCUUUAAGCGCACUAGCUCUGCUGUGUGGCAUUCUCCGCCUCGUUUGGGAAAUCUGGGCCAUAAAUAAGCAGAUGUAUAUUGUUCUUUUCUGUCGUCUCUUUUUUUUAUGUUGUCUUUUAUACCUUGAGCUCACUUUAAUAAAGCCUUUUAAAUUCUAUAUGUAAGUAGGUUAGACUGGAAAAGAGAGCAGAAUGUGUAAUUUACCUUGUCACCCAUGUAUUUAAAUAGCGUCACAUGUAAUAAGUUUGGAUGUAUACACAGGAGCUGCUACAAAUGUGAUGUAGAAAAUAUGUGGAUGAUGUCUGCCUACAAAAUUCAUUUCUCAAAGUGUCAAAUGUACUGUGGACUGUUAAUAAAAAUGUAUAACUUUUAAA